AUGGAUGUUGAGAACAGAGACAUGUAUACACACACACACACACACACACACCUGUGGCUUAGGGAACCAAAGCAAACCUUUGUCUUGCCCCAGGAUGAGAAGGAGAACCUGGUGGUAACCAGAAGCCACCAGACAAGAUGCUUUACUUCCCUGAGUUCCUGCCGGGCCAGCUCCCCCAGCUUCCAGCCCCUGCACAACCAUAAGGAGUUGGAAAGGAAUCCUUGUGCUUGGAAAGUCAUUGGCCGUGAGGACUCCCUCAUCCCUCUCCUCUGCUUCCUUGUGGGAGAUGUUUGGCAAUAG